AAAGCCGCGGGAGCGGGAGUCCCGUGCCCCGGCCCAGCAGCCCCCGGCCCCGCUCACCCUUCUUGUCCAUGAGCCACAUGAAGAAGAAGCAGGGCGCGAACCCGAUGGGCCCCCAGAAGACGAGCAAGGCGAUGUCCCAGCCGCUAAAGCCGAAGGCCAGGCGGGCAGAGUUCUGGAUAGGGCCCCAGCUGUUCCACACCAGGCCCUGCGCGAAGCCCAGCAGCGAGAACAGCAGCAGCACCAGCCACCGCCGCCCGUAGACGCGGCCUGCCAGCGGCGCCAGCCGCCGCACCGGCACUGCCGCCGGUACCCCCGCUGGACCCCGCGGCUGCGGCCGCCGCCGUGGCUGCUGCUGCUGUGGCGGCGGUGGCAGGAGGGGCUGCCGCUCCUCCGCGCUGCUCCAGCCUAAGCCCAUCUGCGGGGGCGCUGACGGAGGCCCGCCGGGGACGGGGCCGGGAAAGGGACACCCACACUUCAGCCCCUAAGCGCGGCGGCGCUGCCCCGGCUCGGCACAGCCGCAUGCGCGGUCGGGGAGGGCCGGCGGCCGCCUCCUUCCUCAGUCGGCGAGGGGAGGAGGGAAGCGGCUCCAGGGAGGAGAGCCGGGCCCGGCACCAGUGGGGAGUGCGGGGAGGGGAGCCCCUCGGGGAGUCAGCCGGGCCGUCACCCCGGGGGGAUACGGAAUCCGGGCACCAGGACAGGAGCGAGGGAACCGCCGCUGGGGGCAAGGGGCCGCUCUUGUGUCACCGGGGGGAACCCUUGCCUUGGGGCCGCUGUCAGCCCCGGCAGUCACGCUGCCACGGCGGCCCCGCCCCGCGCGGCAGAGCGCAACGGGCCGGGCCCGCUCCCGGGCCGGGGAGCGUUAAGGGGGGGCGGUGCCGAGGGGAGCCCUCUUGAGCCGCCCCGGAGGAAGAGCCGGAGGAGCAUGGCGGAGGCACAGAGCCACCGUCCUGCCGCGCCGGGUGAAGAUGUCAAACCAUUUACUCCUGAGAAAACCAAGGAAAUUGUGAUGUCUCUGCAGCAACCUGCAGUCUUCUGUAACAUGGUUGGUGACUGGCCAGCCCUGCACUGGAAUGCAAAAUACCUUUCUGCUGCAUUGGCUGGAAAGACAAUCCAGUUUAGGCUAGGCCUGAAGACCAUCGGUUUAGUUCCCCAGUUUGAAACCAGGUGUAGUUAUGUGAAGGCUACACUUGAAGAGUUUUUGGCUUGGAGUUGUGGGCAGCCUCCUUGUCUCUCUGGACCAUUCAGUUGUUACGAAUUCUCUAAAUACUGGGCCUAUGCUGACUACAAAUACAUUGCCAGGAUAUUUGAAGACAAGCCAGAAUUUUUCCAGGAUAUAAGGUGGUCUGACUUUGGUUUUCCUGGAAGAAGUGGGGAAGAGAGCACACUGUGGAUUGGUUCUGAAGGAGCAAACACCCCUUGCCAUUUGGACUCCUACGGCUGCAACUUAGUGUUGCAAGUACAAGGAAGGAUCCCUUAUGAGGAAUCCAGCAUAUUCAGCAAAGUCAAUGUUGCCAAUCCUGAUCUGAAACGCUUUCCCAAGUUUAGGAACACAACAGCCCAUGUUGUUACACUGAGUCCAGGACAGGUCCUGCUUGUUCCAAGGCACUGGUGGCACUAUGUGGAAUCCAUUGAUCCCAUCACUAUCAGCAUAAACUCUUGGAUUGAACUGGAUGCAGAUCAUGAAGCCCGUGUAGAAGAAGCAAUAACUCGAAUGCUGGUGUGUGCCCUAAAAUCAGCAGAAAAUCCCAGUGAUGGAGAUCCCUGGCUAAAUCCCACAGAGGUUGAGGCAACAUCCCAUGAAAUCAAUCUUCAGUACCUGAAUAAAGCAGUGUCUGCAUAUUUCAAGUGUCAAAAGGCAAGUGAAUCAGAGCAGCCAUGUUCCAGCAGCAGUGAUGCAGAGCAAAGGACAACUGCCUCGUGCAAGAGGAAGAAAAGGGAAGUUGGCUGUGAACCAGAGGGCUGCAGAUUACUAACCCAUGAGUUUGGCUUUUCAACAUUUAAAGCAGAAAAUCUGCAUAAAAUACCUUUUGGGCCUCAUCUUAUUCAAGUUUUACCACAGUCUCAAGAAACAAGCUCUGUAGGUACAGUUGCAGUUGAAAGUGACGGUAGAGAUCUUCUCCAUGAAAAUGAAGGAGGACAUUUUGGAAAAUUACACUGCACAAGGAAGCAACUGGUAAUGAGUAAUGACUGUGAAAUGCCUACACAUCAAAUGGGUUCAGACGGCAGUCCAAAUGCCUCACAAACAGCCCUUUCUACCAAUGAUUUGCUAGACUGUUUAGUUAAUCCGCAUGUCAUCAAUUUAGUGGCUCGGCUGCUGUUGGAGAGAACAAGAGUUUAAUGCUGAAGUGCUUAUCAUUUCUGAAAUAAAGAAAUC